CAUACAGGAGAGAAGCCUUUUGGUUGUGAUCUAUGUGGAAAAAGUUUUACCGAAAAAGGAACUUUAAAUGAACAUAUAAGAAUCCAUACAGGACAGAAGCCUUUCUGUUGUGAUCUAUGUGGAAAAUGUUUUAGCGAAAAAAGAACUUUAAACAAACACAUAAGAAUCCAUACAGGAGAGAAGCCUUUUGGUUGUGAUCUAUGUGGAAAAAGUUUUACCGAAAAAGGAACUUUAAAUGAACAUAUAAGAAUCCAUACAGGACAGAAGCCUUUCUGUUGUGAUCUGUGUGGACAAAGAUUUAGGCAAAAAGCACAUUUAAACAUGCACAUGAGAAUCCAUACAGGACAGAAGCCUUUCUGUUGUGAAAUGUGUGGAAAAAGAUUUAGCCAAAAAGCACAUAUAGAAAUACACACGAGAAUCCAUACAGGAGAGAAGCUUUUCAGUUGUGAUCUAUGUGGGAAAAGUUUUAGAGAAAAAGGAACUUUAAACAAACAUAUAAGAAUCCACUCAGGACAGAAGCCUUUCUGUUGUGAUAUGUGUGGAAAAAGAUUUAGCCAAAAUGCAGAUUUAAAAAUACACAUGAGAAUCCAUACAAGACAGAAGCCUUUCGGUUGUGAUCAAUGUGGAAAAAGUUUUAGCAGAAUAUCAGAUUUUAACAUACACAUAAGAAUCCACUCAGGACAGAGGCCUUUCGGUUGUCAGUUAUGUGGAAAAAGAUUUACCAAAAAAUCAACUUUAAAUAGACACAUGAGCAUCCAUACAGGACAGAAGCCUUUCUGUUGUGAUCUAUGUGGACAAAGAUUUAGCCAAAAAGGACAUUUAAACAGACACAUGAGAACCCAUACAGGAGAGAAAAUGGCUCUGCUAUGAAAACUAACUCAAACACAGCUGUAUUUGCUGACAGAUAUUUGUCUGUUGUCAUCAAACGCAACAGUCUUCUCUUGGUAGUUUGAGCAUUUCUCUUGUAGCUAAUGUUUAGACUUGUGUUAAAACAUUUAAAUUGUUUUAUUCUUGAUGAGCACACAGAUGUGCUCCAGACUGAGCUGUAGCACAUCUGUGUUCUCAGUCUAUGCACACUGCUGUAACCACUAGACUCAUUAAGCUAAUGUAAAAAAUGGCCACAGGAUGUGCCCCAACACAUAAUUUCUGGUUGAUCUUUGACAACAGCGACCUCUAGCUUCCUAAGUUACCAAUUACUAACCCAUAAUUAUUUCCAGGAGAAAUAAUUACAUUAUUAAAGGAGAAGUCCAGUCAAAAUCAGAAUUCGGUCUUGUCAGAAUUUAGAU